CGAUCUUGACAUUCAAGUGCAAAGGGAUGUCAGAUGAGAAUACUUCAAGUUUACUUGACAAGUGGAUAAAGGAUGACAACAUGAUUGUCACUAGUAAAAUGCUCAGUCGUGAGAUUGGAUCACGUCCGAAUAUUGCUAAGAACCAUCUAUUAGCAUACUACAACUCGAAUGAAAAUACAGUACAUCCAGUUAUCGCUAUAUCUGGCAGAACGAAUAGUGCGUCUCUACAAACACAUUUGACAGCGAAUCUCGACCGUCUAGAAGAAACAAAGAAAAUGUUUAUCGAUAUAUCCUCAAUCUAUUUACAUGCUAUUUCAGCUUCCAAGAUAACAGAUCUGACGAUGAUCGUCAAUUAUGAGAAGGAAUAUUUCCAGCAUAGCGCACCUGCACCUUCCAAUCUACCUAAGAAGGCAAAACCAGCGGCAGCACCAGCCAAAAAGACAGCACCUUCAGCAGUCAAAAAAGAAAUACCCAAAAAGGAGGAAAAAGACGCUGUCAAACCCAAAGCCAAACCAGCGAACGGCAAACGUCGCAUCAUUGAGUCUGAUGAUGAAGACGACAUUACGAUAUCGUCACCAGCUGAUGCUCCCCCACUUGCACAGACGCACACGCAGGCGCCUGAACGUAUGGAUAAGAAGCGCAAAGUAACCAAAAGUGUGACGAAGAUGAACGAGAAGGGUUACAUGGUUACUGAGGAUGUCGACGAGUGGGUGACAGAUGACGAGGCACCACCGCCUAAGAAGACUGCUGCAGCUGGUAACGCGUCAACUAAACCAAAAUCAAAACCAGCUGCAAGCGCACAAGCGAAACCGAAAGCUGGACAAAGCAGCUUGAAUUCGUUCUUUAAGAAGAAAUGAUGUUGUAUUAGACUUGGUAAUAAUUUAUGUUAGUUAUGCUGUGAUGCUAUAGCCGCCAGUAUUUUGGCCUGUGUCGAUAUCGCAUCCACGUCUUCCGUGACGUAGAAACAGGGUAUAUGUAACUGUUCAAGUUGUGACUGUUGUUGAGGUCGCUGGUAAUGCUAUUAGUAUGGAAUGCGUAUUGAAGUGAAGUAUCCUCACCAGUUCAUCCCACCGCGAGAGAGCUUUUGUUUUGAAUGCAUCAACUUUUUUGGCAAAGUCUCCGUCAAGUCGAGCCAUAUCUCUGCUCAAAUCAAUGCGUGCUAAUGUUGCUUUCUGUUCUAGCUCUUUACGCGCAUUCGUGAACUUGCUAUUCAUAACGCUAUACUCUGUGUGCAACGUUUUCUCCAGUUUGUCCUGUUGCUUGCGUAUUUCAGUUAGUUUGGCUAUUUUAUGUGCUGGUAGUGUGGGUACAAGCAUGAGUGCUUGCGGAAAUGUCAUACUACGUAGCUGUAGUGCUUCAUUCUCACUGAUUGUCUCUAGUGGCGGUUCCUCAACUUUUGACUGCACAUUCUGUUGUACUAGUGGUAAUUUUGAUGGUGGGGCUGGUGCUUUAGGCGCUGGUAUUGAUGUGGAUGAUAUCGGGAGUGACGAACGCUGUUUCUGAGCUGUUGAUGGUGCAGGUGGACCGAGAAGCUCUAACAAGGAAUCUAUUUCAGGAUUUCGUGGUGGAUGAAUGCCCAUAUCUCUCGCACUUUCUACUUCACUCGUGUUCCGUGCUUCUUGAGUCUUUUCCGUGUUAUUACCGUUCAUAGAAUCCAGAGAUGGCUUCAGAGCACUCAAGAGCGCUUGUAUACUCCCAGGAUCUUCCUCCUAGAUAAUAUGUUAGCUAUAGUGCAGUAUUAUAGAGAUAUCUCACCUUAAAGCUCAU